CGUUAUGUGCGCGGAUCUGGAGAGAGCGUGGGCGCGGGUGGGCGGGGAGGGCUCGCGCUCUGUUGGGCUCAGCUCCAGGCUCGGGUCACGUCACGUCACGUCACGUCGCUCGCUCCCUCCCCCGGCGGCGGCGGCGGCGGCAGCAGCCCAGAGGCCCCAGCGCCCUCUCCCCUCCAAAGCGCCCGUUCUAUUCUGCCAGCGGAGCUUCUCGCUACGGCCUUAUAAUGUGCCCGGGGCGGGAGCAUGCGCGGGGGGCGGAGCUUCCCCGGCCGCUCCGCCCCCUUGCACCCCCACCUCCGCGCCCCCGCCCAGAGCGGCUCACACGUCCACACGCACCCUCCCACGAGUCUCCCCACGGCCCCGCCACGUGAUCCCGCUUACUGCUCUGCGUGGACUCCUCCGCGGAGGAAGGACACCCCAGCCUCCAGACGCCGCCUCCCCCUCCGAACGCGGAGUCGCUUCAGUCUACACCAGCCGGACCCCGGAGUUUCCCCUCGCCGCGUUGGAUGCUCCGGGCCAGCAGGACUUCCUCGAGAAUGAACGAGUUACAGUGAGAUGAGCCAGAUCAGUUCCACUUGUUCAAUAAUGAAGAGAAGCAGCUACACCCAGAGAAAGAACUCCGGGAAAUGAGGGCGAACCACCAGAUGGCAUUUCCACUCCCUCCGUUUUUGUUUUUGAUUUCCUUCUCGGGUUAAUUUUACCUUACUUCUAAGUCUAUUUUGUGCAGCAAAAUAACUAUG